UCACUUUGCUCUUACUUACAACUUGAUUGAAUUGUUUCUCUAUAUUCUUCCAACUUGUGUCUUCCUUAGCUAAUUUCAGUACUUCAAGUUGAUGCAAACUUCAAAUUAAACACCUCACAUCAUAUUACAAAGAGUUGAUCAAAAGCCAUCGUUAACUGUACCUUAGAGUCGAAAGAUCACUUCCUUGUGUACAAAUUAUCAGGAGUGAACUCAGCCUAUCAUUGCAAGAAAAAGCCCCAACCAUAAACAUAUAUCAUAAGAACCAAACAACAAUUAGCAUUAAACGGUAGGCACUUGAACAAAAAUAUAUAAACUUCCAUGCUGAAGUAUGUUUUUCUUUCUAUGAUAUAUUCUAUUAUCAACUAAUACAUGAUGUAUUCUAUUGCCUUCUUGCUCUUAUCUUUCAUCUUGAUUCAAUUCUAUAACCCCUGGUAUACUUUUAACUUGACUCCCCCACAACUAUUUCUUUCUUUCUUGUUCUUCAUCAAACUUUACAAUUUAUUUCUUCAUCAAAAUUUGUAUAUCCCUUCUUGAUCAUGUAUGUCAUCCUCUUUCUUCUUCUUGUUUUUAUUAAGUAUGCAAUAUAAUGAACAAGAGCAUAUAGUACUUGAUAGAAAUGAAUGGUACAAGAGAAUAUUUUUGCACCAUCAUAGGAUCUGACUUUUUUGUUCAUGUAGCCAACCAUAUCAGCUUAGGUGUAAGGUUUGCCUUGUUGUUAUUGGAGUAGUCGUAUUCUGAGGGAUGCAUCAUCUUCACAUAUUGAGCUUUCACCAGGUAUAGGAUGGAUCAUCUUCGACAAGCUUUCAUCCUUUUCUCUUCCUACACCUUCACACAUAUCUAUGUUUGUAUUCACUCUUAUGUGACACAAUUUGCUGCACUCGGCCUCUAUUCUUUGUAACUGCACGAGCUUCUCAACCAACCCAUGUUUAAUCAUGGACUCGAUUACUUCCUAACAGCAUCAAUGCAGCCUUGUAUAAGCUUGUACAGGAUCAAACCAGCAGCACCAACCUGUUAAAACAACAUAUAUGGGUAUUUGGCAUAAAUGUUGAACGCUCACACUAAUUAAUGCUUUUGUUUGCAAUCCUAAAAAUUCAUUUCAUCUUUAUAUUGGAUUUGGCACAUUAUGUUCGGUUUGUGAUCAUUUUGCCUUUGAUACUAGGCAUAUUUCUAUUUAUUAGUGUAGAAUUAUUGAUUACUCUGACGCUACAUACAUGAAGGAAAAGUAUUCUACUUUGCAUGAAUUAACAAACAUAUCAGCAGUACAUAAAGUUAAAAUCAAGGUCAUUGAGAAGUCUAGACCGUUUGAAUCACCAGGCAAAAAGAAAUACCAACGCCUUCUGCUGCAAGAUGAAAAGGGUGAUGUUAUGAGAGCAAACCUCUUCGAAGAUGACAUACAAGCUUAUGAUUCUCUAAUUCAGCAGAAUCAUGAGUAUCUGAUUUCAAAUCCUACAAUUAAGCCCGUCAAUGAAAAGUACCAAGCCAUUUAUAUCAAAUGACAUUCAGUAAUCGGACUGUAGUUCAAGCCAUUGGUUCCUAUUCAAAAGCUUCCGAUCCAAUGUAUCAUUCAAUAACAACUAUUCCAAGAAUAGCAGGUCCUUAUGAUAGAUUUGAUAUAAUUGGUGUUGUUCUAUUCAUUGGAGACAAGCGCAUGGUAAAAGGUGCAUUUGAGCAACAAAACAGCGUGUCAGAAAUUAUUAUCACUGAUCAUAGCUCACAUCAACCCUUAACUGUGUCGGCAUGGAAUGAUAUGGCAAACUUCUUUAAAACAAAGCCUGCUGAAAAUCAAAUCGUUGGUUUCACAUCUCUAAGAGUUACAUCACAUAAGGGUUUUGGCCUACCAACUACGAUGUCGUCUUCAAUCAUUCCAACGCCAACUGGUGAUAAGGGCCUCUUCUCAUGGAUCCUUGCUUCACGAGCGGAAAACACAAAUCUUGAAGACCCGCAUGCCCUUAAACGAAAGGCAGUUAACCACAAUUGCCUUCAUCUAAAGCAAGACGGCAGCAAAUACUAUCCAAGAAGAGCGAUAUUGGAUAAAAGCAUUGCUCGAGAAUUGUAGCUACAAUGAUAUAAGAAAAUUUAUAGGGUGUGAUCAAUGCAAUAAAAAGACAGACAAUGAAAGGAAUGAAGUUUUUGAAUGUCCAUGAUGCCACAAGAAAGAGAGCGUCGCUAAGCCACGAUUAGCGCUCACUUUCGACGCCCACGAUAGCACGGGCUCUAUCCAACUAACUGCAUUCAUUGGCACCAUAGCAGAACUCUUUGGAAAAACAAUCGAUGAACUAUAUAGUCCAGCUACUUAUUAAACAGGAACAUAUUGAAUCUUAUCAAGACAUUGCUCAAUCCCUACGAGUGAAACCGAUUGAGAUACAGCUGGGUCCAACUGUUGCUUUAUCCAAAAGUGUAAAGUGGGUUCUAAACUCAAUUGCAAUUGCACCAGACACUUCAACAAACCCACAACACUUGGCCUACAGGUCGUCCGAGACUCAUUCAUCACAAGAAAGUAUACCUGCUCAACUAACUGAUGCUACUUCUUUACAUGCGCCAAAACCAUCAUCUGCAUCACAUAAAGUAGAGACCGAUACUCAUUCAUCAGAGCAAAUUGUACCAGCUCCAUUGACUAUUGCUCCUUCAAAUGAUCCACAACCAUCAUCUGCAUCAAAGAAAGUAGGGACAGUGAAGCGUAGUUUAGAUUUUUCAGAUACAACUACUUCUUCCGAUGUAUUGGACUUCAACGCUUGAGUUGUCUAUGAUGUUAGCUUUUGAAACACUAUCUUAAAUAUUGUUGCCUUUUUGGAACACUUGUUUGGCAACUCCAAUUAUUAGGAGCUCUAACUUUUCAUGCUAGCCCACCACAACCAUGUUCAUUUUGCUUAACUAUUAAUUGAACAUGUAGUACUAUCUUUGCUUUUGUAUUACAAAUUUAUGUGUUGCUUAUUAUCAUAAAUUUGUUGCUUGUAUAAGUGAAUAUUAUUUAUAGCUAUAAAUGUUCUUG